UGGUACAUUCUCGUCCAAUCAGUGGCUGGAGAAGAGGAGACCAAGCGCGUUCUCGUCGUAGACCAGAGGGCUGAAAGUGGAGACGGCGCAUCUUGCGUUAAUUCUUUAAAUAACUACAUUGAAAAGUCUUGGCGAUAUGUCUGAGGAAAAGCCUAAGGAGGGAGUGAAAACCGAAAACGACCACAUCAAUCUGAAGGUAGCAGGACAAGACGGAUCUGUGGUCCAGUUUAAAAUAAAACGACACACACCUUUAAGCAAACUAAUGAAGGCGUACUGUGAAAGACAGGGGUUGUCAAUAAGGCAGAUCCGAUUUAGGUUUGAUGGGCAGCCCAUAAAUGAAACGGACACGCCUGCACAGCUCGAGAUGGAGGAUGAGGACACGAUUGAUGUGUUUCAACAGCAGACUGGAGGGGUCUGCUAAAGCCUGCCGGGUGGAAGAGAGGCGACCAUUCAGCCAUUUUAUUUGACAUGUUUCCUCAAGACGCUCUUUCGAUGUUAAUGUAUUUUUGUUUUCCUGUUUUUGAUUUUUUUUGAUUUUUGAUUUUUGUUAGUUUUUUCCUCUUCCAGUAUGCGAGAAAUCUUAAUGAUUUGUCCCAAAAUGGAUGCCCGUUGGCAACGCUAAUGUUUCAGAAUGGCCUUGCCCAUGCAAGGCAUCCGGUCAGAACUUCAGAUCUGAUGGCAAACAUCAGGCCACACUUGGACACUGUUGCCAUUAUGUUCUUUUGUUUGUUUUUUUGUUUUUCUUUAUUUCUGUCUGCGCCAACAGAACAGGUAGCAAUGAUGAACCACCUCGUCCUGCUCUCUCUCGAGCACGAGAGGUGCCUAUGAUCCUGUCAUUGUGCAUAUGUUAUGGUUUAAGUCUGUUUUUCAUUUUUAGGCGCUUUUUAUUGCAGAAGAGCAACAUCUUUUCAGUAUUCUGUAUUCCUCCAGUUGAAUAUGAUUCACUUUAUUCAGGGACAGAUAGGGAAAAGGGGGCAAAGGUGUUAAGGACUUGUUUUCUCCAACUAGUCAUCCAUAGAGCAGUUGAUUGCAAUACACAAUAUGGCAUCACCGAAUGUGGACCAAACUCAAGCAGAUGGUACACUGACAAAGAGAACGUGUUCAGAUAAUUAAUGAAGAAUAAAUCGUCUUCUGCUUUUAAAGGAGUUUCUUUUUUUUUUUUUUAAAUGUGUUGAUAUACGAAGGUAUUCUUCUUUUUGCAUUCACUGUGUUUUCUUUUGUGUUCUUUGUUUUUUGGGGGGGGCUUAAUUUUGCUCCUGUCUUUUUGGCUAAGGGGUUGAAUAUGGACAUUGUAGAACCAAAUUAUGCUUUUGUUUCCCCCACUUCUUCCCAGUCCUUAAAAAAAUGUCAAGGGAAUCCUCUCAGAUGAUCAGAUUUGCUUUUCGUCAUGCUUUCCUGGUGGAAGUGUUGCGGCCCCAGCUCUGCAGCCUUCACUAGCCCUGCUCCAUUCAGUUUCCAAAUUGGUUAGCAAAGAAGGGGUGGAGAGAGGGUUUGGGGAAAUGGCAUUGUCCACAACUUAUGUCAUGUUUCUGUACUGAUUUGUACAUUAUUUGUUGUCCUUUACUACUGUACACAAUAAAUAUAGUUUGGUACUCAGA